GAUGGCCGCGCGCAUCAUACUUGUAAAACAUCUCCACUGUGCACUUUCAAAUACAAAAUUAAGCGCUUUGUCGUCGGGACUUAGAAGAUACUCUGCCAUAUCACACACACCAUCUCAUAAAGAGUUCACAUCUAAAAGAGUACGGCGGAAGUUUAUAGACUUUUUCAAGGAAAGUUAUGAACACCGGGUGGUUCCGUCCUCAUCUGUUCGCCCUCGAGGAGACCCGAGUUUGCUUUUCGUCAAUGCAGGAAUGAACCAGUUUAAACCGAUUCUGCUGGGCUGCGCUGACCCUCGCAGUGAGAUGGUCUCAUAUCGGCGGGUAGUGAACAGUCAGAAGUGUGUCCGCGCUGGAGGCAAACACAAUGACCUGGAGGAUGUGGGAAAGGACGUUUACCAUCACACCUUCUUCGAGAUGCUGGGGAACUGGUCGUUUGGUGAUUACUUCAAGGUGGAAGCCUGUGCGAUGGCCUGGCGUCUUUUAACGGAAGAGUACGGUAUUCCUGCAGAGCGCCUAUACGUCUCAUACUUUUCUGGAGAUCCGGCUAACAGUCUUCCUGCUGAUGAGGAGACACGGGACAUCUGGCUCAGCAUGGGACUGAGGCCAGAUCAUGUGUUGCCUUUUGGGAUGAAGGAUAAUUUCUGGGAAAUGGGUGAGACUGGCCCGUGUGGCCCCUGCACAGAGAUUCACUAUGAUCACAUUGGGAACAGGAACGCUGCAUCACUGGUCAAUGCAGACAGUCCAGAUGUAGUGGAGAUCUGGAACCUAGUAUUUAUGCAAUAUAACAGGGAGAGCAAUGGUAAUCUUCGAGCUCUACCCCAGUGCAGUGUGGAUACUGGGAUGGGUUUGGAGAGGCUGGUGACGGUGCUGCAAGGCAAACGCUCCAACUACGACACUGAUCUUUUUACACCUCUAUUAUCUGCCAUCCACCAGUGCUCUAAGGCUGCUGCGUAUCAGGGCAGAAUCGGAGCCGCUGAUGUAGGUCAGCUGGACAUGGCCUAUCGGGUCGUGGCGGACCACAUCCGAACAAUCUGUGUGUGUAUCGCUGACGGAGUUUAUCCCGGCAUGGCAGGCGCUGAGCUGGUGUUAAGACGUAUAUUGAGACGUGCAGUUAGGUUUUCUACAGAGGUGCUGCAGGCUCCAGAGGGUGCACUGGCAAGCCUGGUGCCCACUGUGGCUCAUAUACUGGGCGAUGCCUAUCCUGAGCUGAACACAGAGUCUGAAAGAAUCAUGGAUCUCAUUAAUCAGAAUGAAGCCCACUUCCUGUCCUCACUGAAGCAGGGCAGAAGGGUGAUUGACAGGACUCUCAGCAGCAUGGAGGAAAAAUCUUCUGUUUUUCCUGCCUCGGUUGCCUGGUCUUUAUACCGUAACCUGGGCUUUCCUCUGGAUCUCAUUGACUUAAUGCUAGAGGAAAAGGGCAAGACUGUUGAUAAAAAAGAAAUGAAGUUGCUGGAAAAUGAAUAUGAAAAGUUGAGUCUUCAGUCAGAGGAGGAUGAAGGAGAAAGCCUCGACCAGCUGGAUCUUCAUAGCCAGGCAGAGCUACAAAGUCAAGGAGUUCCUCACACAGACGACUCUCCGAAAUACUGUUACACCCUGGGGUCUGAUGGACAAUACGUGUUUGAAACUUGCAGAGCAUCAGUCCUUGCACUCUACUGUGACGGGUCACUGGUUUCAGAGGUGCGUGAGGGUCAGCACUGCGCUGUGAUCCUGGACCAGACCAGCUUUUAUGCAGAGCAGGGCGGACAGGCCAAUGACCAGGGUUACUUCACCAAGGAUGGGCUGCAGGAUGUGUUGUUCCCCGUAAAGUGUGUCCGUCUCGCUGGGGGUUAUGUGGUACACCAAGUCACAGCAGCAGAGACUUUGAGAACUGGAGAUCAAGUGCAUCUUCAUGUGGAUGAGGCUUGGCGCCUGGGCUGCAUGAUAAAUCACACCGCCACCCAUGUGCUGAACUUUGCUCUUCGAGAGUUGCUAGGUCCCGUUGUCCGCCAACGAGGGUCUCAUUGCAGUGCGAAUCGUCUUCGCUUCGACUUCAGUGUGAAGGGCUCCCUGACUGUUUCUGAGCUGCAGAAAGUUGAGGAGCUGGUUCUGAAUAUCAUUCGUCAAAAUGCAGAUGUGCACAUAGAGGAGGUUCCUCUGUCGAGUGCUAAACUAAUUGCGGGGCUGAGGACUGUAGAUGAGCUCUAUCCAGACCCAGUGCGAGUGGUGUCCGUGGCUGUACCUGUUUCGGAUCUGCUUGCUUCAGAAACAGCUGAGCAAACUUCAGUUGAGCUCUGCUGUGGCACGCAUUUACUGAAGACUGGAGCAAUUAGAGACUUUGUUGUUGUAUCUGAGCGACAGAUGAUGAAAGGCAUUUGCCGUAUUGUUGCCUUUACUGGAGAUGACGCCAUAAAGGCUAGAGAGGCGGGCCAAGCCUUGCAGGAGGAGUUAGAGUCUCUAGUGGCCCGGAUGGGAUUGUCAAACACCUUGUUUAUGCAAGAAGCAAAGCAGCUUUCCAAAGAGGUUGGCCUCCUAAUCAAUGCUGUUGAUAUCACACCUAUGCCACAAUGGAAGAGACUAGAGUUGCAGACUCGUCUGAAAGCGAUGCUGAAGAGCAGCAAUAACGCCAUUCGAAAGUUGGAGAUCAAAGAGGCUGCCUUGAAAGCCAAGGAGCUGCUGGACAAACACUCCAAUAAACCUGUUGUGGUGGAUUUGAUCCAGACUGACUCUAUUUCAGUGCUAAUGAAGACUGUGGUCCAGCUGAGCAAGAGCACUCCAAAGUCCUUGGUCAUGUUGUUCUCUCACUGGGAGUCAUCAGGGAAGCUGCUCUGUGCCUGUCAAGUACCCAAAGGCUCCACUGGUGGCUCGGCGAUCGAAUGGGCUCUUUCUGUGUGUUCACGUUUGGGUGGAAAUGCAGAAGGUGCAAACGACACCGCUAAAGGUGUGGGGAAUGCAGUCAAAGUUGAGGAUGUUGCAGAGAUCCUGCACUGGGCUGAAGAAUUUGCACAAAACAAAAUCAGAAACGCACCCCGAACUGACUAAUCUUGGGUAAUCAUAGACACGUUUUUACCAGAGGGGAUCUAUUUCAUCAAAAGUAUUACAUUUCCUAUGACGCAUCUUCCUUUGUUUUAAAAGGAUAAGGCACAUUUUUGUUUCUUAAAGACUAAUUUUGAUAUUAAAUAUUGUGAAAUUAUUUAUUUCCAAUUUGCGUUCACUGUAUAAUAGUAAGUCUGGUGUUGGAACGUAUUUUUGAAUUGAAGAUAUGAUCAAGAAUGUUUCAUUUUAAAGUUUAAAACAUUAAUACAUUAUUGUGUUUUUUUAGCCUUUAAUGCAUUUAUUAGAUUGGAUGGUAUAAAUAAGACCGCAAAGCAUUGAGUAGAGCAUAGGCAACAAGAUCGACUAAAAACCUUUAGCCAAGAAUCAAUUGUUGGUGCACUGACUAUAGGCAAUCACCAGUGUUGGGUAAGUUACUUUUAAAAAAGUAAUUCAUUAAAAUUGUAUUUAAAUUGCUUUGUCUGAAAAGUAACUUAAUUACACAAUAAGUAAUCAAGUUACUUGACUUAAUACUACUUAAAAAACAUAUAUAGUGGGUACGGAAAGUAUUCAGACGGCUUUACUUUUUUUUACUCUUUGUUAUAUUGCAGCCUUUUGCUAAAAUCAUUUAAGUUCAUUUUUUUCCUCAUUAAUGUACACACAGCAACCUGUAUUGACAGAAAAACACAGAAUUGUUGACAUUUUUGCAGAUUUGUUAAAAAGGAAAAACUGAAAUGUCUGAAAGUAUUCAGACCCUUUGUUCUGUAUUCAGUAGAAGCACCCUUUUGAUCUAAUUCAGCCUUUUGAUCGAAUCCAAGUUUUUCACACCUGGUUUUGGGGAUCCUCUGCCAUUCCUCCUUGUAGAUCCUCUCUAGCUCUGUCAGGUUGGACGGGUAAACGUUGGUGGGCAGCCAUUUUUAGGUCCCUCCAGAGAUGCUCAAUUGGGUUUAAGUCAGGGCUCUGGCUGGGCUAUUCAAGAAAAGUCACAGCAAUUGCCUGCAAUGUAACAUUUAUUCAUUCAUUUUCUUAGUCCCUUUAAUAAUCUGUGUUCGCCACAGCGGAAUGUCAGCGGAAUGACACACCGCCAACUUAUCCAGCAUAUGUUUUACGCAGCAGAUGCCCUUCCAGCUGCAACCCAUCACUGGGAAUAACCCAUACACACUCAUUCACACACAUACACUAUGGACAAUUUAGCUUACCCAAUUCACCUAUACCGCAUGUUUUUGGACUUGUGGGGGAAACCAGAGCACCCGGAGGAAACCCACUCGAGCGCAGGGAAAACAUGCAAACUCCGCACAGAAAUGCCAACUGACCCAGUUGAGGCUCGAACCAGCGAUUAAUUAAUAAUUCUCCAAAAUACACUCACCGGCCACUUUAUUAGGUACAAUUAGGUCCAACAGCUCGUUAAUGCAAAUUUCUAAUCAGCCAAUGACAUGGCAGCAACUCAAUGCAUUUAGGAAAUUGGACAUGGUCAAAACGAUCUGGUUUACAGAGAAUGGUCCAAAAAAGAAAAUAUCCAGUGAGGGGCAGUUCUGGGGGUGCAAAUGCCUUGUUGAGAAGAAUGACAAGACUGGUUCGAACUGAUAGAAAGGCAACAGUAACUCGAAACAGCAACCAUCUUGCUGUGAGGCAACAGUGCUAACCACUGAACCACCAUACCUACUUUUUAGCAUUUAAUAACUUAAAUGUUUUAGUUAUUUUAAUAACACAACACUGGCGAUGGAUGACAUGAUUUAGAUCAAUAUCUAAGAGAAAAUCUGCACUCAGAGAAAAAAGCUCCUUAUUCAAAUUACUUUUUUAAAAUGAGCUGAUACGACUGGAUUCUUGUUUGUUUGUUUAUUUAUUUAUUUAUUUUUUUGAGUAGGGGGAGGGGGGAGGGCUUAAUGGUUUCAUGUUCAAUCCACUUAAAUUUGUGAAAUCGAUUAAGUUAACUUAAUUGAUUUGAGUUGGGGCAACAUGAUUGAAGUGUGUGGAAUCUUGCAUUUUUUACAGUGUGGUCAUGGUGCAUGAAACAAACGCAUUGUUCUGUGAGUCAGCAUGUCACCUGCAUGCUAGAAUCACCUACAUGCAUUGAGACAUUGGAGAAUCACCCCAUUUAGUCAUCGAAGUGACAGAAGCGCUGUAAAAUCACAGAUGCUUAUUUAUUACGCUUAAUAUAAAUAACUAUUUCAUCAACAGAUUUUUUUUUUUUUUCACUUGUAUGUUGUGCAUCAAUAAGUUUUAAUAAUUUGACAAUAAGACCUUUUUUUUUCCUGUUGCACCACAUACCAAACGGGAUUAGGUUGAGUUGAUUAGGCUGUGAUUUGGUGACUGUGGAAGUCUACACUGAGUUCCCUGUUUAGCUUUGAGAACCAGUUUGGCGUGCUUUGUGAUGUGGAAUGGUAUAAUGCGGGUAAUAAAGCAAUGGAUGUGGUCAGUAUCGGUACCUACCCACAAUGUGCCAACAAAACACCCCCUGCACCAUUUCACCACCCAGCAGCAGCAUGAACAGUUAAUUUAAGGUAGGAUUAUAGAGACAAAUUCUUGAUUCUACCAUCCAAAUGUCAUGUCAGAGAACUAGACUCGGCUUUGUCCGAGUGGUGUAUUCUGCAGCUGAGCAAUUACAUGCAAAUGUAAUGAAAAGAAGCCUUUUCAAGUUGUUUACGUAGGCUUGUAUUUUACAGUACUUUAAACAUAUUUAAAUAAUUCUAAACUCUGUUUUUAUUUGACAAAAAUCACACCACUACCAAUUUCACAUCCUGAAAGUUUCCCCCCUCAUAAAUCAAAUAAAUACUAUUUUGUACUAUUAAGAGACAGCUCUAAUCUUUUUGAUUAGUAUUAUUUCUUUAGUUUAAUUCACAGCAUGUUGUAAGGUGUGAACUCGUGAACAUUUUGGUCACUUCCAUAAGUCUAUUUCCAAAUCAUGUUUACAUGUUGAUAUUUUUCUGAUCCCUUAAGUGUUUUGAUGUUUUGGAAAAUAUAAACUGAUGAUUCUGU